CAAUAACCUUUCAGAGCUCAACCUUGAACUCGGUACGAAAGCGCACCUUCAUGCCUCUGGCUUUCAUCGAAGGCAUCAAAGAGGCAAAGCUCAAGCUAAGCCAUGGCGAACGAAACCGAGCCAGCAAAGCUUCUGCUAGCUUACCUACAACGAGCUGAUGAGUUACAGAAACAUGAGCCGCUUGUCGCAUACUAUUGCCGAUUAUAUGCGAUGGAAAGAGGGUUGAGGAUUCCUCCGAGCGAGCGGACCAAGACCACCAAUUCGCUCCUUAUCUCUCUCAUGAACCAGCUUGAAAAGGAUAAGAAGGCAUUGAAGUUGGGGCCUGAAGACAAUUUGUAUCUAGAGGGAUUUGCAUUGAAUGUUUUCACAAAGGCAGACAAGCAAGAUCAUGCUGGACGAGCGGACUUGAAUACUGCAAAAACAUUUUAUGCAGCAAGCACUUUCUUUGAGAUUUUGAACCAGUUUGGUGCACUUCAGCCUGAUCUUGAGCAGAAACAGAAGUAUGCAGCCUGGAAAGCUGCAGAUAUAAGGAAAGCCCUGAAGGAAGGAAGGAAGCCAAUCCCAGGGCCUCCUGGUGGGGAUGAAAAUCAAUCAAUUCCACCAAUUACACCCAGUGCUUCACAUGAUUUCCAAACGCGUGAGACUACUGUAACUGGUCCAGCAUCAGAUUCUGGUCCAUCACCUCAGUUCCCUGAUAACCAUUAUUCUACAAAUGUUCCAAUGCCUCCUCAGUUCCAUGAUAACAGAUCAGAUUCUGCAGAUAUUACCCCAUCAGGUCCUUCCCAUGACUUUCAUCAACCACCUCUGUUGAGUAGAUCAGAAAGUUCCACAUUUUCUAACCCUACUCCUGGUUACCCUUCCCAUGAUUAUCAUCCGCCACCUCCAAUAAACAGAUCAGACAGUUCUCAAUUUUCUCAGUCAUACCACCAUCAAUCUUACCAACAGGAGCCCCAGCAGCAUUUGCCUCAUAAUUACCCUUCUCAUGAUGCUCCGUCUUUCAACUAUCCGAAUUUCCAGUCUUAUCCAAGUUUUACUGAGAGCAGUCUUCCAUCAGUACCGACUCAUUAUCCUUCUUACUACCAAGACUCUGAGACUUCAUACUCUUCUCCCCAUUCAGCUCCUCCCAUAGCAGGCUACCCAUCAACUUCUGAGUACACCUCAAGCAGCAGAAAUGGGACUACCUCAGUACCUGUCCCAAUCGCAGUUGAAAAAUACCACUAUGACAGCAAUUACCAGCCUGCACCUGAGAAAAUUGCUGAGGCACACAAGGCUGCAAGAUUUGCAGUUGGAGCCUUGGCAUUUGAUGAUGUAUCUGUUGCUGUAGAACACUUAAAAAAGUCUCUUGAGCUGCUGACAAAUCCAUCAGCUGGUCAUUAAGUUUUGUGUUCUUGGAUGUGACCAAAUCCAGUGGUGUUCAUACCUGUUUUUCUAGUUUUGUAUGUGUCAAUAAAACUAUGCAUCUAUACUUUUGCUAUACAAUUUAUAUAUACAAAUGAUGUGUCAUCA